AUGCACAUCCUUCCCUUGCAUAGAGUUCUUCUCACGGGCCAGGAAGUUUCCGCAUCCGGGGGGCAGCAAGUUUCCGAAUCCGAGGGCCUGGAAGUUUCCGAAUCCGUGGGCUUCGAAGUUUCCGAAUCCGGGGGGCAGGAAGUUUCCGAAUCCGAGAGCCAGGGAGUUUCCGAAUCCGUGGGCUUCGAAGUUUCCGAAUCCGAGGGCCUGGAAGUUCGGCAGAUGCAGAGCCGUUCGCUGCGCGAGGACUUAGCCCCCAUCUUCGAUCGCAUGCUGCGCAGGCGUAAGAAGGCUGGCACCGCCGUGAUCAGUGCCGUGGGCGUGCCGGAAGUGAGCCAAGCCUUAGAACUCCUGCACAUGGGCCCCAAACAGCGCGAAGAUCAGCUGAAAAUCACGGAGUUUCUGAACGAGGUCAAUGAGUUCGGCUUCACGCCGUUGACGUUGGACUUUGAAGCCUUUGUACGCUUCAUCCGCCAGGUGAAGGAGUGGCAAGCCACGUGCAUGCGCGCCGAAGACCGGGCCUAUGGGGUGGAACUGGGACUCCAGGAGCGCAUGGUCGACGAGUUCCGCGUGAUCUUCGACAUCAUCGACAACACCGGCAGCGGCGAACUGGAUCUGCUGGGUGUGAAACGGGCCUGCGGCCUGCUGGGGCAGAAGAGCCUGUCCUUCGAGGAGUUACGGAAGAUCUUCGAACAGUUGGACAAGGACGGCAGCGGCGCCAUCGACUUCCGCGAGUUCCUGCACAUGACCAACAUGGCGAAUCUGGGCAAACAGAAAGGUCGCUCCAACCCCCUGGG